CCCACAACAGAAGUCGGUGAAACUUCGUUCAUGCCGCCAGCGCGUCGAAGAAACCGGCAGGUUUAACAAUGGAUUUGCUGUAUGGUCCACUGGGCUUGGGUGUAGCAGCUGGACUGGGCUGUGGGCUCUUCCUUGGUUGGCACCUUCGCGCUCGCUUCGGCCCAACGUCCAAAACCCUGAUGGCAGCGAUGGGGAAUGGCGCCGGUGAAGCAAGCGUGAUGGGAGAAGGUGGCGAGUUCAAGAUGAUACUGGUAGUCCGAAAUGACCUGAAGAUGGGCAAAGGGAAAGUCGCUGCCCAGUGCUCCCAUGCCGCUGUAUCUGCUUACAAACAGGUUCAGCGCAGGAACCCUGAGCUUCUCAAACAGUGGGAGUACUGCGGCCAGCCCAAGGUGGUGGUGAAGGCCCCCAAUGAGGACACCCUCAUUGAUCUGCUGGGUCAUGCCAAAGAAGUGGGGCUUCCUGUCAGCCUGAUUCAGGACGCAGGAAGGACACAAAUAGCACCGGGAUCACGCACCGUGCUGGGUAUUGGUCCAGGCCCAGCUGAUCUGAUUGACAGAGUCACUGGAGAUUUGAAGCUCUAUUAGAGUUCCAGCCUGCAUCUGUAGGACUUGAAUACAGUUUUUGUUGUUAAAACUGUCUACAAUAUAAAUUGUUUUUGGGCUACCAUGAGUUUAUAUUUUUAUACUACGAUUGACUCAAUUACAUGUUAUGUACUUGAUGUGCGUUACUUUACUGUGGUAGUUAUGACAGUGGCACCGCAACACACCGCAAACUCUGUUCUUGAGUCCCCCACACCAACCAGUCUGCUGAGGCCUGUGUCUGUAGACACGCUCCGGGGAAACAUAGCCAUUACUGAUCUCAUUAGAAUUACAACACUGUAAAAUAACGAUAGAGCUCUUCUCAGACGUUUUGACUCGUCAUAGCAGGAAAAGUACAUUAACACCUUAGUUCCACUAAAUGCCCCAGUAAGGAAUGACAGUGAGCCAGCAUGCAAAAAAGCAGUACCUUGGAAUUGGUUAAUGAGUGGAAUGCCACUGUUAUUGAUGUCAUAGAUUAUGCCUGUGCUUUUCCUGCUGCGAGGUUCAUACUGCCUGUGGUCCUAAAAUGAUGUUCUCCUAAUAAAGGAAAUUCAAUUGGAUGUCAUUUGGAUUUUAUGAAACAAUGACAUAUCUUGAAUAUUUUUCCUCACCUUUAAAUGCCACAUUAGUCAAAUUUUCUGAAAGAAUAAGAAUGCCAUCUACUCAGCUAUCAUAUUCACAUAAAUGUUGUGUGUGCAUUUACCUUUAUCUUCUGAAAGAAACACAGUCACAAUCUUCGAGCUGUUU